UACCGAAGUUGUCGACAUUUUCUUAACAGAUGAUCAACGGUUACUUUAAUAAAAAUAUUCUUACACAUGAGAGUACCACUAGAUUGGCAUAAAUAUUAAAUCUUUCUGGUGUUUCGAGGUAUUUCCUUAUUAAUAUAAUAAAUUGAAUAAAAAUCUAAAAUACAUUUGUGUAUGUGCAUAUAAUGCACGUAUAUCAAUUGUGUUUUGGACUUUGAUAUUUUAAACAUUUUGUAUCAUGCGACUUACAAAAAGUAAGUAACACAUGAUUUUAUAAACCUAAACAGACGUUACGUCAUUAAAGAACUCUCCCUUCGUAAUUAAUUAUACGGUUAUUUCGUACUUCUCAUAUUGGUUUAUUUUUAUAUAGCAAGGAUUAAUGUUACACUCCCGGUACUCUUUCGUUCAAAUUUCUCGGGGAAGGGCGCAAUUUUUGUCGAAUGACAUAAUAUAUUGAAAGUAUCGUUAAGUACGAGUUAAACGUGGUGAUGUCCGAUACACAUGACGUGGUUCGUCGAAGUCUUAUUAACGUUGACUGAACGUUAUUUCCAAUUAAUGCAAUAGAAGAAGUAUACAUGAAAGCGUGAAAAUCCGCCGGAACGAAAGUCUAAGCGAGGUUAGGGUCACUCGCUGGUGGCGCUGCCCUCGAAAGCACGCGAUCGUCCGACGGUUGUCCGAGGAAGCAGCUCGUCGGCAGUGCCAGGCUCACAAAAACGGUAAACCGCAUUUACCGCGUGUGCUUCGAGUCUCAUCGGGCAGGUCCGAUUCCGAGCAAUUCCAUCGGGAGCGUCCGGGUAGGUCGAGCAGGUUGGGCAGGCCGGGCAGGUCGCGCAGACCGCGCGCGCCGCCCGCUCGGACUCCCUCCUAUACCUCGCCGGGCCGAGGUUGGCACGGGACAGCGUGCCGGGCCGGGGUACGAUUGCCGAGCGCGGAGGUUUAGCUUUGCGCGCGCGUUUCUCGAGCGAGGAAGCGAGUGGUCCGUCGGAGGGUGAAAUCGAGCGUUGGAGUUAACCGCAUCAAGGACAAUCUCGUUUUCCACAAGGUCGAACAACCCCGGCGUGCGCGCGCGAUCGAGUCCGGUUUCGCACGGACUCUUAUCGACAUUUCGGAAGAACGAGGCGAGUCUCGAUUGCCGGCUGCGCUCGCUCGUGUUCGCCCGCAUUCGUUGGCGCUGCCGCCGCCGCCAGCGACGGGCGCUCUCUUCGUCCGUUCCGCUCUUUCGCGACCAGUGACAGUGCGCCCGCCGUGUGGGUCGUGUCCGUCGCCGUGCCGAAUUCUUCGACGGGCCAAGGGCGCUGAUCACGGCAGAAGCUGUCGGCGGAUGCCGCGCGAGCCUUCGCCGGAGAGAGAUCUUGAGGAAAAGGCGUGAAAUUACCGACGACGGACAAGACCGGCAUUUUGCAUCGCUGGAUCGAUCUUGAUGUUUCCCCCGAGUUCUAUCCGGCGAGGAGGUUCCUCCGCGAGAAGGGAAUCGAAGGGUGUCGAGUAACGCCGGUUCGCGCGGACGGACGUUCUCGCCCUCGGAAUCUCCGAGAGAUCCAUUCGGCGGGGCUAUGCCCACCGGUCGGUCUUGAACUCCCGUCGCUCCCGCACGAGCAGAAUGCAGCACCGAAUCGAGUCCAAGAUCCUCCACGAGGAGCAGAUCCUCGAGGCGAUCGACCAGAUCCGCAGGCGCAAGGCGCGGCCCGACGCGGACCGCAUCUGCAACUACUUGCUGCGCAAAUUUUCCGUGGACGCACGCGACACGAUCGCCGACUUGCACCGGCUGAUCGAGGCGGAGAAGGUCAUUCAGGUGGACUACAAGGGUAACACCAGUUACCGGAACGCCUCCAAGUGGUCGCGCCUCCAACUCUACAAGAAUCGGCCGGAGGGCUUCGUCAAGGAGAAGCUCAACUUCGCGAUGGUCGCCAGCGCGGUCUCGGAGCUCGUCGUCGAGGAACCCGACUACCUCGACCAGGGCGUGCCCGCGCCGAGGCUGGUCGAGCAGUUGCUCGACGGCGUGUCCAACCCCACUUCUAGGCGCAUGGUCGAGGAGUUCCUGGGGAAGGAGGUGGCUAGCGGGAAUCUGGCCCGGUUGGCCAACGGCAACUACUCGCUGGUCGCGACCGCCGAGAUGGCCUCGGUCGCGGGGCCGCUCCUCGCCGUCGGCGUCGGUGUUCCGGAGAAGGGCGGCCUGCGCACCGGAACGGCGACAGGGACGGGGACCGGAGCCGGAAGCGGGACGCUCGACGUCGACACGCCGCCCGCGACCAGCGUGGCUAGCCGCUGCCUUUACGACUUCGAGGACGAGGACGCCGUCGAGGACUCGAGGUCGACGACUCCGCGCUCCUCCAGGCAGGCCAGUCCCAAGCCGGACCCCGUCAGGAACAAGGAGGAAUGUUACGAGAUCAUCGUGGGUCGGAGUCGGCGGAAGGCGUCCGACUCGGCUGCGGAGGAAGAGGAGGACGACGACGACGACGACGACGACGACGAGGAGGAGGAGGAGGAGGGGACGGAGCACGUGGAGGUGGGGCCGAGGAUCGGGAAGGAGGAGGACGGCCUCGGGGAAGACGCGUUGUCCGGGACGGGUAACCUCGCGGAGGUCUGCGAUCACGGGGGGAGAUGCAUCGUCGACGGCGCGGCUCCUAACCUCAAACGCACCUCCAAGGCGGAGAGAAAACAGCGGCUGCUCGUCCGGACUGAUGACCCUAUGGAUAUUGAAAUUAAGUUCGAGGAUUAUAGACAGGAGACCAAGGAACAGCAGGAAUGUAAAAGGUUCGAGAACGAUGGGCUUAGCGAGGACAGAGACGAAGAAGAUAAUGGACCAAGUUCUACCAAUCCUUCGCCGACUCCGUCGAAUGUCAACAAUGCUGGAUUUAGAAGCGCUAGGAGAAAGAGAGCAAAGAAGGUUUUCGAUCCUUCGGACAAUAACUUAGUGAAACGAAAGAGAGGUCGCCAGCCAGGUGUUCAAAACAAAGCAGGUUCUAAUUCGCAAGAAGCUUUGGAUAUUGUCAAAACCCCUGUUAAAGAAGGACCUAACAGACAGUGCAGUUUAUGUGCCAAGGAGAAACAGGAGAGGCUCGUGGCUUGCAGGGAUUGCACGGUUAGGGCUCAUCCAAGUUGCAUUUAUUCACCGGAGGAGUUGGUACAGAAAUUAGGUACUAGUUGGCAAUGCGAACGAUGCAAGAGUUGUACAAUUUGCUGCGAGACUUCCGAUGCCGGUCCCUUAGUAACGUGUUCCUCUUGUGACGAUGCCUAUCACUAUUCUUGCCAUACUCCACGUGUCUCGGUUCCUAAAUCCAAUGGAAAGUGGCAAUGUAAUAAUUGCACGCAAAAACAAUUUAAAUCUACUUUAAGCCAAACAUUGGGUAUGGUUGUUAGCCGUCCCGAUACACCUUCCAACCCACCGGUACUGCCACCGGUUUUAAGCCCACAAGUCUCUCCAGUUAGAGGUUCUUUCGAUCAAGUGGACGAAGAUGGACCUAAGGAUGGUAUAGAUCCUAAUAUACCAGAUGCAUCGGACUGGACUUCCGAACAAGUAUAUCAAUAUUUUGCUCGACUAUUCCCUAAGGAAGCUGAAGUUUUCAGACAACAAGACAUUGACGGCCACUCUCUUCUAUUAAUGAAAAGGUCAGACGUAUUGAGUGGUUUGGAUUUACUUUUAGGUCCUGCGCUGAAAAUUUAUCGACACGUUUUGAAGCUUCAGGUACGUAGAGAUGAUCCAAGGUUAUAUUGGUUGUAAAAACAUUGAUAUAAGUCAAACGACCAUUAGAUUGACAUCAAUUUUUAUUCCUUGGAUUUCAACACGAUGGGUAGUGUGAUAGGAAAUUGUAGACCGUGGUCGUGUGUACAUAUUACGUGUAUAUAUCACAUGUACAUAUACAUCUUUUUUUUUUUUCAAUCAAAUAAAUGGCCUAUCGGAUGCAUCGCAAACGAUUCUCAGCAAUGUUUCGCUUGCUGGAUGAAAAUUAGCCCGGUUCGAUAGUAAAUUGACACGUAACGAACGAAACGCUAUACUUUUGUAAAAUACUAGUUACUCGUGUAUUAUUUAUGAGAGUUGUAUAAUAAAAGACUGUGCUUCACGCACGCUUUUUCCACUUG